AUGUAUUAUUUUAUCCGCGAAGACGCCUACUGUCGCCGACCGAGAGAUGUGUCCGGCAUUGGAUUAGAUCCGCCCGAUUAUUGCCCAGAAGGCGGUGACGUCCGGGAACUGUUGGGCUGUAAUCUCCGCUUUUAUCCGCCAGAAGUGGACGACUUGUGCAAUAACCCGGUGCUCGACCACGCGGUGCUCUCGCCCGACAAUAAGACCGCGUGGCUGUUCCGGGGCAAAGAUAUCUGGCACCUGCACAACCUGCCCACCAAUCCCAAGGCGUCGCCGUCCAAAUGCAAUGUCACCAAACAUUCAUCCGAUGUGACAAAGAUAUGGCAAAAGUUUGACACCAAAGGCGACGCCCUAUUCCUCCUCGAAUCUCCCGAUAAAAAUCGACACGAUUUAGUACUCCUUCAUCGCCACAAAUACACGAUUUGGGACUUUAAUGGCGGCGCCCCUAAGGUCGAGGGCUUCAUCAAAGAGCAGCCGAUCACCGCUUACGGCAAUAAUAAGGGCACAAAGAAGCAAAUGUUUACCGAAAAGCCGAUCGUAGCGCCAGUAGAGGACGACAAACGCGAUGAGAAGAGUAUUGUCUAUCAAGAAGAGCCGUUCAGAAAGUUAUGUAUGGAUCCGACCAUCGAUUCGGCCGACUCUAGUCUAGACGGCACUGAAAUAUAUCUCUUUAAAGGCGAUAGUUAUUAUUUGUUGACUGGUUUGAAAAUGAAAGGCAUUGGAAAGUUGACCAAAUUUGGCCGAUCGGACAAAUUGUUGUCUAACUUUGUGUCAAAAUCAGCCGCUGUUAUGACGUGCAAAGAGGGCCGAACUCGUGGCUAUACUUACGAAUACUUCUCCAAAACAGCGGGAAAGAAGACGACAACAAUGUCUAAGAGUUGGGAAAUCGAGACGAAUGCCGACAAACCGGAGGAGGAGUUCAUUGAGUAUACGGCCGCCGGGUUUACGGCCGCCUUUCACAACCGCAACGUUACCGACCCUCAGAUGAUUGUCCUCCGCAAUGACGAUGUUUUCUAUUAUUCAACAGUUGGCGACAUAUUUACCCGCAAACGACGGCACGUCAAGCACUACGAGAGCGCCGAGAAGUUGCCGCCGGGAGUGACCGCCGCCUUCUCGAUGCCCGACCAGAUGUUGUACUUGUUUCAGGGCAACCAUUACUGCUAUCGAGAGCUCUUCUACAAUAAAAAGCCACUUUUUACGCCUACUGUCGCCGACCGAGAGAGAGAGAGAGAGGUUUGGAUACCUCUAAAGGCAGAAGUGAUAUCCGGAGGCAGUUUCAUGCGAUUAUUCUUGACGGGCAUCAUAUCAUUGGUGAAGACAAUAUUGUUACCAACUUUGUUGAAGUAA